GGGGCUGUGUGCGAGGCCCGGGCGGGGCCGCCGCCGCCCAGCGGCAGGUGCGGGGCCGCAGGAUGGCCCAGCGGGGCCGGGAGCCGCGGCCGCUGGCGGAGCGGGCGGCGGAGCUGAGGAACAAGAUCGUGGACCGGUGCGAGCGGCUCCAGCUGCAGAGCGCUGCCAUCGCCCGGCACGUGGACGAGGUGCUGCCGGCCAAGGACCAGCGGGUCCUGAGCGCAGCCAGCGCGGCGCGGGAGCGGGUGAUCCAGAGGCUGCUCUUCGUGGGGAACGCGUGCGAGAACGAGGAGCAGCGGCUGCUGGAGAGGGUGCACGCGGAGGAGGAGCGGGCGCACCAGAGCAUCCUGACCCAGCGGCUGCACUGGAGCGAGGCCCUGCAGAAACUGGCUGCCCUCCGAACCUACCUGGUGGACAUGAUCACCAGCCUGGAUGACCAGGGCCUGGUGCAUGCAGAACAAGAGAUCUUCGAGAGGACAGAGGUGGCGGAGGGAAUCUUAGAGCCACAGGAGUCCCUGAAGUUAAACUUUAACCAGACGUGUGUUCAGAGUCCACUGCUGCAUCGACUGUGGGCCUCUGCUGUUCUCUGCUGCAUCACAGGCUCACAGGAGAUUCACAUCGAUGAGAAAACACUCAGCCCCCACCUCAGCCUGUCGGAGGACAAGAAAACCCUGACCUUCAGUCCCAAGAAAGCAAAGGUGGACUUGGACGGCCCCGAGCGGUUUGACCACUGGCCCAACGCUUUGGCUACUGCAGGUUUCCAGUCCGGAGUCUGUGCGUGGAGGAUCAGCGUGGACAAGAGCUGUGCCUACAAGCUGGGGGUGUGCUACAGCUCCCUGCCACGGAAGGGCUCUGCCAACGAAGCCCGCCUGGGCUUCAACGCUGCCUCCUGGGUCUUCUCGCGCUACGACAGGGAGUUCAGGUUCCUGCACGCCGGGCGCCUGCAGGCCGUGGAGCUGCUCAAGGCUCCGGCAGAGAUCGGGGUCCUGCUUGACUUGGCAGGAGGGGAGGUGUUCUUUUAUGACCCCGAUUCCUGCACCAUCCUCUUCUCCCACAGGGAGACCUUCACAGAGCCUCUGUACCCUGUCUUCGCUGUGGCACACGAGAGCAUCUCGCUUGUCCAGUGAGCGAAGCAUUGGGCUCGCUGAGGGGGUGAAUAUGCAAUUGUAUGUACAGUGACUGUAUAUGCACUAUACAGUACCUUUGUGGGGGAAAUGAGACCACACAGGACCUGCCUUCGGACUA